CAUGUGGAUGAAUUUAUGGCCAGACAAAGGGAGCGCCAAAAUCCUGUUGGAAUGGCAGUUGGUGAUGUGGUAGCACAAUUGAAAAAUGCACCUCCUGAAAGUGACACAGAUGCAGACAAGUCCAACAAACCUAGGCAGUUGAAACCGGAUCUUGAUGAUGAUCUUCAGGGAAUAGAUAUAGUCUUCGAUGGUGAGGAGUCAGAAUCUGAUGAUAAAUUGCCCUUUCCUCAGCCGGAUGAUAAUUUACCACAACCUACAUCUGUUGUGGUUGAGCAAAGUUCUCAUUCAAUUGUGGAAGAGACAGAGGGUGAUGUAAAUGAGAGUAGUCAGUUUUCUCACUUGGGCGCUCCAUUAGCAUCUAAUGUUGACGAAAAUACCCUGAGUGAAUUUUCUUCUAGGAUGUCUGUUUCACAUCCUGAUAUGCCAUUGACUCGAGAACCAAGUGUUUCUUCAGAUAGAAAAUAUUAUGAGCAGUCUGAUGACACAAAGAAUGUUCCAAUUAAGACCUGUAGCGGGUUUGAGUCUGAUGUUGUACCAAGUAGUUCUAAGUUUUCUUCGGUUUAUAAUAAAACUUCUGUGCCGCCUGUACAAUUACCAAUUGAUUCUAGAAUACCUCCGCACUUGCAUUCAAAUAUUAGUCAUCAACAAACUGGUAAUGUACCAUUAGCUAGCGGUUCCCAGAGAAUUUAUGACCCUAAAUUUCAACCGCCUUUACCUCCAAUGCCACCACCUCCAACAAUCUCACCAGUACCAUCUCAAAAUCCGGAUCCUGUUCCAAGUCAGUCAUCUCCCUUUGUUAAUGCUAUGGCAGAUUUGCAGGCACCCCCACCUACAGGCUUUCAUGUUCAGAAGGAGUAUCUAUCUGCAUUGAGCAACAGUUCAGCCUCUAUGUCAUCUUCCAGUUUUGUGUCAGAUUCCAAGUAUGGUUGGGGUUCAAUCUCUUCCCCUGGUGGAUCAUCUAGGCCUCCGCCACCGCUCCCACCUACACCACCACCGUACACAGCCACCUCUACUUUCCCAUCUUUAAAACCUUCGGCAUCACAAUCUUCUGUGUACAAUCAAACUAGUAUUGGGACAAGUGAGCUCUUGCAGACUUCUGUUGCACCUUUAAACGACCCUCGCAUAGGAAACCUUUCUGCAUCGGGGGCCCUACUCGCGUCUUACCCACCACCUCCACUAAUGCCACCAUUGCUUUUCAGUAGGCCCUCUACGAUGCCCGUAAGUCUUUAUGGAAGUAGCCCAACUCCACAUCAGGGUGAAAAUCUGCCUAGCAUUUCACAGAAUCUUUCGAUUCCUUUAUCUUCCAUUCAGUCCAUACAACCUCUUGCUCAAUUGCAGCCGCUGCAACCACCCCAAAUUCUUCGUCCUCCUCAACCGCCUCAGCAUCUUAGGCCUCCAAUCCCGGCUUCACCACAGUCAGAGCAAGGUGGUGCGUCUUUGCUACAGAGCCCUGUUCAAAUGCAGUUACAAAUGUUGCAACAAUCCCAAGUUUCUCCGCUUAAUGUAUAUUACCAACAACCACAACAAGAUAGCUUUUCACAUCCACAGCAACUGUUACAGCAACAGCAACAGCAACAGCAACAACAAGGUGAAGGAACAUCCCAGCAGGAACAAGAUUCUGCAAUGUCGUUACAGCAUUUCUUCAGUUCCCCAGAAGCUAUUCAGUCCCUAUUGAGUGACCGGGAUAAACUUUGCCAGCUUUUAGAGCAGCAUCCAAAAUUAAUGCAGAUGCUUCAGGAAAGGUUGGGCAAACUAUAACUAUGAUAUGAAAACAGAUGGUAAACUUGUACCGUAAUCUGGUUACUCUUUCAGCCUGUGCAGAUCACAUUUGGAGUUGGUAUCAAAUGACAUUCCUCACGCCGAGUACUAUUUUGUGCCCAAAGAGGCUUCAUUGUUUUGGAAUGUCAGACAUGCUUGUGGGCAUAUCCUGUCUUCUACACUAAAAUUUGUAUCAGUGAACUGUAUAUUUUUCAAUUAGUUGAAAUUUUCUUGCCUUUAAAUUUUUUGUUUCCAUUUUUAUUUUUUUGUUUAUAUUAUGGGAAUCUCCUGUUGUUAUAUGAAUAUUACCACCCCCAACUAUGGUUGUAUUUCUGUAUGCUUUGCCGAUUAGUUUAAAGUUGAACUUACUGGGGACCGAAUA